AUCCACCUGUACAAAAGCCUCAUCCUCGCACGCCAACACUCUACCGAUCAACGACGCUCGACGCCUCUUACUCAUCGCUGUCACUUCACCGAAACUGAAUAGGACGCGCCAGUCCUCGUCAAAAUGGCAACCAUGGAUCCCAAGCAGCUCCACGAAGUCGCAAAGCAGAUCGCAAAGGCCGCAGACUCCGGCGACCCUCCCAGCUCCCUCUUGAACAUUCUUGCGCCACUCGAGACCUUCAAAGCGACCGAGGACCUCCUGCGACAGUCGAAAAUCGGCGUGGCCGUCACAAAAUUACGACAGAACAAGGAUCCCAAAGUGAGCGAGACAGCGACUCGGCUGGUGAACAGGUGGAAGCAAGAGGUGCAGUCGAAGAAGAAGCGGCCAGAUAGCAGUCCCGCACCAGCAAAUAAGGCUCUCAAUGGGGCGGCCAACGGACGGAGUAGCGGUACAAGCAGUCCGGCGCCGAAUGGCUCCAAAUCAGAGGUGAAGAAAGAGCCAGCAUCUGUGCCGAGACAGAGUAAGGUCGAUCCGGAGAAGCGCAACACAGGAGCGGACGGUGUAGACCACAAGAUCACUGGCGACGCGGUGCGCGACGGAUGUCUGAAGCUGAUGUACGACGGCAUCGCGUUCAUGUCUAAGGAGUCGCCCGACGCAGUGCUCACUGUAGCGCGGAAAGUGGAAGUUGCGGCGUUCGAGCACUUCAAGCGGGAGACGAAUGCCGAGUACAAGACGAAGAUGCGAAGCUUGUUCCAGAACCUCAAGAUGAGGAGCAACACGUUACUGCGAAAGAAUGUCUUUAGCGAGGAGAUUCCGCCGGAGAAGUUCGUGGCAAUGACCUCUGAGGAACUCAAGUCCGCUGAGAAGCGUGCAGAAGAUGCCCUGAUCGAGAAGGAGAACAUGAACAAGUCCAUGACACCAAAGGAGGCCAAGGCCAUCUCAACAACCAUGACCUGCGGCAAAUGCAAGGGCAGCGCCGUGUCCUACUCACAAGCUCAAACCCGAUCCGCCGACGAACCGCUCACGACAUUCUGCGAGUGCACUCUCUGCGGCAACAGGUGGAAG